ACUUUCCCUUUUGAAUUUGGGGGUACAUCUGGGCCCAGAGGAGGCUGGUUAUUCCUCAGACGCACAGCUGGUGACUGGAUCCGCGCAGUUGAGAACAUCUGGGUCUGGUUCACACUCAGCCAGAGGGAGACUCCUGGGGUGAAGCCACACCUCCUUCGAGCCUGAUGCAGAUUGGUGAGCUGAAGUGACGGCGCUGACACCCCGCUGCUGGCACCAUGACAUCAGUAGGCCUCCUUUACUGCCUAGAUAAGGAGUGGUUUUUUGAGACUGUCAUUGAGUGCCUCUGGAACAUAUUGAACAGCGAGGAACUCCUACACCUGCUGACUGAAGUCCUAAAUAGAUUUGAGGAUGAGGAAAAUUUAUCAAGGUUAAAGAAGUUUCCUCAGGUAAAACGAGAGCUUGAGGAAACCAUAGGAAAGCUCCGUGCACUUGCAGACAAGGUGGGCAAGGUUCACAGGGACUGCACCAUCUCCCAGGUGGCAGCCUCCUCUGCUGGUGUUGCGUCUGGCAUCCUGGCCAUCGCUGGCCUGGCUCUGGCACCUGUGACAGCGGGGGUCAGCCUGGCACUCUUGGCAACUGGGUUAGGGCUGGGGGCUGCAUCUGCCGUGACCAGUGUGGCCACCAGUGUCGUGGAACAUGUUGUCACGUCAUCAGCAGAAACUGAAGCCAAUGACCUAAUGUCAACUGCCAUCAACAGAUGGAAAAUCGUCAAGGAGGUUCUACUGCAGCGCCAGUCCCAAAUUGUUUCUGCAGCAGAGACACUCAAAGAAGCCGUGCUACAGAUUGAAAAGAUUAUCCAGGCCAUCGAGCUGCUCAGAGCCAACCCUGGCUUAGCAGCAGAUGUGCAGCGCUUCCUGACCACUGGGCAAAUCUCAGUCCAAAGCAGCAGGCAGGUGCAGGAAGUUCUUAAAGGCACAGCUCUGGCAAUGAGCACAGGAGCCCGGGUCAUUGGUAUGGCCGCUGCAGGUGUCUCCCUUCUGCUGAAUGUGGGCUUCCUUGUGAAAGAGUCACUGCACUUGCAUGAGGGGGCAAAGACGGAGUCGGCUGAACGGCUAAGACAGCGGGCCCUGGAGCUGGAGAGAAGGUUGGAGGAGCUCACUCAGACCUACGAGAGUCUGCUGUAGGGUCCGAGUCUCCCUCAGUCCCCCGACCCAGAGCAGUGCAGGGAGCAGAGGCAUGUGAGUGGCCAACAUGCAGAGGUAGCUUUUAAGAGGG